AGCCUUGUGGUCUCUUGCCCCAUUAAGUCUGUGGUUAUCCAGGGCUUUGGUAGACCAAGACAGUCCUACUUCCACCUUCGUGUGGCUGCUCCUCCAGUACUUGGAACUUUUCAGCAGUUCUAUUUUACUGGCAGACAGUUCUAAAUAAGAUCAGAACAGUAAGUAAUUAAAUCCAGUCUGAAGGGUCUCCAGCUAAAAAUGCAUCCCCUAUUCCUUUCUCCUUACCAAACCGUUCAACUACAUUGUCCCACGUAACAUAAGUUCUUCAAUGCGAUUAAAUCACGUCAUUAAAUUACAGUAAUAAAUUUGAGGUUUGACUGUGAUGGUGGGUGUAAACUAUUUUAUUGUCAAGUUAAAGAGGUUACAGACCCUUCGGUCUUUAAAUAAGAAAUCAAGAAGUCAUGGGUGGUUAUUUAUUAUUCUCUGUUCUCUUGGCAAAAGAAAAUCCCAUGAUCCUCUUCUGGUUUAACAAAUAAUCUCACAAGUAUAUAGACAAGUUUUCUGUUCCAGAAAACAGAGAGGUAUCCAUUUAUAUAUUACCAUGGCCACAAUUAAGAACAACAAUAAAGAUUACAUAUUAGAGGUUUGAGAUAAGCUUUACAGCGUUUAGCAACAAUUUCUGACGUACACCCUUAGUAGAAUCUUUGUCAGAAACAAUAUUUGAAGGACAUGUUCUAUGUUACAGAAUAAUGGGAGCUUAUCUGAAGCCAAAGGAGAAUGAAUGUCUUCUUAUUUUCUUACUGGUAUUUCUUCAGCUAACAGUUAUGAUUUUCAAGUCAAGGUGUUAGAAUUCAGUUAGUUACCACAGACAAAAAUCCUAACAAAAUCAAAACCUACACUAUUAAAAAGUGAGGACAGAAUAAGAUUCCUAACAAAUGGAGUAUGUGAAAUGUAAAGUUUUACACUUAUUCUAAAAAACGCAGCACACAUAUAACUUAGUGAUAUUAUUUAACGCAACAUUCAUCAUCUAAGGUACAGAUGACAAAGAACAAGGUCAAUCAGACAAAACUUCUCUUCCAGAGUGGCCCACCAGGUCGGACCAUCCUCUGUGGACCAGUUCUGCAAACACCAUGAGAGUUUCUCUGUUAUUUGCCACAGCGAUUCAGUGACAAACAUCAUUACCAGCCAAGCAACAGAAUGAGCAGGUCCAAGCCAGCGGACCUAAGAAAUGGCAGCACAGUGACAGAGUUUGUCCUCGUGGGCUUUGAGCAGAGCUCCCCUUCCACACGGGCUUUGCUCUUUGCCCUCUUCCUAGCCCUCUACAGCCUCGCCAUGGCCAUGAAUGGCCUCAUCAUCUUCAUCACCUGGACAGACCCCAGGCUCAGCAGCCCCAUGUACUUCUUCCUUGGCCACCUGUCCUUCCUGGAUGUCUGCUUCAUCACCACCACCAUCCCACAGAUGCUGAUCCACCUGGUGGUCAAGAACCACAGUGUCUCCUUUGUCGCUUGCAUGACCCAGACGUACCUGGUCUUCUUUGUGGGUGUGGCUGAGUGCAUCCUCUUGGCUUUCAUGGCCUAUGACCGUUAUGUUGCAAUCUGCCACCCACUUAACUAUGCCCAAAUCAUGAGCCGGCAGGUCUGUGUGAGGCUGGUCAGUACUGCCUGGUUCUUUGGGUUGAUCAAUGGCCUCUUUCUUGAGUAUAUGUCUUUCCGGAAUCCCUUCUGCAGAGGCCACCACAUAGAAAACUUCUUCUGUGAGGCCCCCGUAGUGAUUGCUCUCUCCUGUGGAGACCCCAGGUUCAGUCUGAAAAUGGUCUUUGCCGAUGCCAUCGUGGUGCUGCUCAGCCCCAUGGUGCUCAUCGUCAUCUCCUAUGCUCGCAUCCUGACCUCCAUCCUGGGCAGAGCCUCCUCCUCUGGUCGGGGGAAGACCUUCUCUACUUGUGCCUCCCAUCUGACUGUGGUCACCUGUCUCUACACUUCGGCCAUGUUCUCUUACAUGAACCCCCGUAGCACCCAUGGUCCUGACAAAGACAAGCCUUUCUCUCUCCUCUACACCAUCAUCACCCCCAUGUGCAACCCCAUCAUCUACAGUUUUCGAAACAAAGAAAUGAAGGGGGCUAUGGUGAGGGCCCUUGGGAGGAGCAGCCUGGCCCAGGCACGGUCUGUCUAGUGGGAAGACCCCUGGAGGGGUGGCUCCCUCCUCCAGCCCUGACAGGUGGGUAACUCUCCAUGCUCAAAGGCUCCAGGAAAGCGCAUCCUAGCUUCCUUGGUACUAGCAUCCGACCCGGAAGAGCCUCCUGAUGUCUAAUGCUCAUCUGUCUAGGUGACGUUAAACACCAUU